CCUCGAGUGGCCACUGGGCAACUGGCGGCUACAAAAUUGACAACAAGUCUCGAGUUGCUCCAUCCAAAAAAUGGGCCCCGAGGCGUAAGCGAUUGCUUCAGACCGGGCAUCCCCAUAAAAUGUCUAAAAAUAGCCAAUCUCAUCCGGUUUAUGCAGAUUUUUGGCGCAAACAACAGACCUGCUUCUUGGCGAGCAGCUACUCUCGCCAAUGGACAAUCAGAGCCCCUUUGGAAGCUUAUCCAGAGAACGGGAUUGCUCGAAUCUGGUUGA